CGUCGAACUAAAGCCACGCUAACGACGCGCCUGCGAUCCCAAGGUUGCCGCCCAGCCCCAAGGAACCGGCGCCAGAGUGCAUGGGCCGCGUUUUGCAAGCGCUGGGAGACGCCGGCAGCCGAGAGAGACGAGGGAGAGGCGAAUUGGCGCGCGGCCGGCGGCUGACACGGCGGGUCGGGCGUGUAAGCUGCAAUGCACGGGCGACGCCGGGUCCUGGCGAUCCUGGGGGUUGUGCUGGGGUCACGGGCCAGGUGUUUGGGGGUGCACCUUGCAUCCCCACGAGUUGGUGUCAGCCUUAUGGGGGUGGAGGCUUGGUGGGAUUUGGGGCUGAGGACGAAGCGUUCUGGUCGGGGGGUGGAGAUGUGAGUAAGUGUUGUUGUGAGCGGUGUUGGUGUCAGAGCGAGGGGACGACCUCUGGGAGAUCACGUGCUAUCACGUGAGCUCCGCGGAGUCGAGUGCACAGCCUUAGGUGUAAAUAUAGCUCCGAGGAGGGUACGAAGCACAGAAAGGAUGGCUGAGCGGGAUUGUAGAUUGAGCUCGGCCACCGGUCAUAAAUCUGUGUGUAUGUUGUUC